GUGACACAAUAGCUAGCUGAGCUCACAGUCGUAGACAAGCAGCGCGAGACCGUACGAGAACGUCUCUGCAGCAACAAAUACGAAAUCUAAACCAAUCUCUAGAAUAUAGGUGGCUGGUGGAUAAGUGGUGACCCUAUGUGCCAGAGACACUCCAUUUCUGCUAAAGAGGAAAAGUCUUCAUUUGCCCCAAACUGCCACUCAGUUGACCCAAGUGUUGUCGAUGAAUUAUUGGUGACUCAAGAGACCAACGUUUAACAAUAAAAAUGGGGGACUGCAGACUUUCUAAUUUUUCCUGAUGUCGGGUCACCGUGGUGUCAUGGACGUGUCUAGCCACAGCCUGUUCCUCUUACAGCAGCUGAACAUACAGCGGGAGUUUGGUUUUCUGUGUGACUGCACUGUGGCCAUUGGCAAUGUGUAUUUCAAGGCUCACCGUGCUGUGCUCGCUGCUUUCUCCAACUACUUUAAGAUGAUCUUCAUUCAUCAGUCAAGUGAGUGCAUUAAAAUACAACCUACUGACAUACAGCCUGAUGUCUUCAGUUACUUGCUCCAUAUCAUGUACACUGGAAUGGGCCCCAAGCAGCAGGUGGACCAAAGUCGACUGCAGGAAGGAAUUAAAUUCCUUCAUGCCUACCAGCUUUACCGUAACACAGGUGAAGGUGGGCAGGAGGCAGCUUCUGAUACAAUCAAAAUUUCAAACUUGUAUGGGAUCCAGAUAUCAUCACAGAUGGCUGCCAAGGAAAACCUGGGCCUCAAAGAAAACCGGUCUAGAGUUUUAGAGGAAGAGAUGUCUGGGACUCAAGCUGACCGUCCUCAGAUCCAGUUGUCACUUGCUGUAGGACUGGAAGGGACAUCUUCUGAUAGACCAUUGUCUAGUCUUCAUGGACCUUCUUCUGUAACUUCCAGAGAUGAACCUGAGGCACCAAACAUCUCUGUGACCAUAAAGCAGGAAAAGACGGAGUUGGAGCUGUCGGCAGAGCCCCAGACUAGCUCCCCACAAAACCCGGAGAGUCAAAGCCCAGGAUUUUUCAAAGACAGCCCAAAGCCCCUCUAUUGUCAUUACUGCGGGGAGCGCUGCAGCUCGCGCCGUAACCUGCGUGAACACUUGUAUACACACGCCAGUGGUUCUCUUCCUUUUGGGGUCCCAGCUGCCAUCUUGGAAAACAAUAACCUUGGCGAAGUGCAGAAGAUCAGUGAAGACUUUGAGAGCCUAGAGGAGCGGCACCUGCAGAGCUUCUUGGUGCGGAAAAGCCCACAGUCACAGGACCAGCCAGACUCGGGUAGCCUAGAGGAAGCCCUCCGGCAGAGCCAGUCAUUGACAUUGUCUUCUGAAGAGCUGGCAGCGGAACUGAAAAGUGGCAGCCCUUACUCCCGGAAGCGAAAGAUUGCUUGUGCUAUCUGCAGUCUCAGAUUUGCACAAAAGAGCCAAUUGCAGGAACACAUGUACACGCAUACAGGUAAACACUCCCGCUAUCACAGGUACAACCGCUUUUGUAGUCAGCUGAUCCAGGCAUCCCAGCAUUACUGUGAAAGUCAGUCUGAGUAUGGAGUCGAAGAAUCUGCUAGGGACUCUCAAGACAAUGUCAGCUCGUGUUAUUCCUUAGAUUCUGAGAUUUCCCAAGAAAGCAUUGACACUGUUGUUGUAGAAUAGAACUAGUCUUGGAAUCCUAAACAAAUUUGGCCUUUUCACCUACUUCUGAUAUUCCAUUUUUUUCACCUUCUCCUUUUUCUAUAACAUUUGCUUCCUUUCAUGUGGCACUAAUUAUACCCAUUAUAGCGCUGUCUGCUGUUCUUGAAGCUGUAUUGUUGGUUUCAGUAAGUGUGCAUCUGCUUUAUUAUCAGUCAGGCUACCGUAUGGUACUGGUGUUCAACACAACCUUUUUCAUCUUCAUAAGCUCAUUAGAAUUAUCACCACUGUAAGGGUUCAACUCCAGUUCUUAACUACGGUCCUAGAGUAAAAGAAAUUAAAUGAGCAAACCUGCUUACUUCCAUAUCUAGGGUAUGUAUUAAUUCAGUCUUCAAUUUAUCAGUGCUUUAUCUCGAACUGUGUUAAUUACCUUGUGAAUAACCAGCACUAGUGAGAAAUCAUACCGCAGAUUGUUUGCGUUACAGUAUUAUUUUGACAAUGGAAUAGCUAAUGGAGGGACCCAGGAAAAUCAUCUGCUUCUAAACAAUUGUUUCCUCCACUGUAGUCCUGCUGUCUACAAGAAAUCGUUUUCAAGGUGAAUAUAAUUGACUUUGUUAUGCGGUAUAAUGGUAUUUAUAUCUAAGAUUUGUAAAGUAACACAUACAAAAAUUGAAAAUAUUCUAUCAUUUAGAAGUUGACAAGUCUAUACUUGGCCAAAUGCUGUAUCCUUGGUCAACAUUAAACAUGCAUGCACAUACAGUAUCCUGUAUAUACAGGAAUACGGAUUUAUUUGUACUUUAUCUAAGGAGAACUAGGAACAAACAAAACCUAAUAGAAUGAGCUACAGAUUCAACCUUGUCUUGUUUAAAAAUGACUAAAAAUGUUAUGUUGUAAUCUUAAUAGCAGUGCACAGAGCAAAGUCAUAUUUGUCAUGCAUAAUUAAUUGAAUCUUGGAAAAUUUGAUGGUCCGUUUACUCAAGCUUUCAAAUAUUCCUUUAAAUAAUAUCCAAUCUAAAACAAUCUACAAUAACAUUCUGUUCUUUGAAAGUGCAGUGAAUCUGAAGCUAGAUAGGAAUACAUGGAAAACAUUCAGCAGUAGCAGCAUCAUUAUGACGAAUGUCAGAGAGCUCUCCGAAUAUAGUAGGCAAAUGGUAAUUAAAUUCCACAAGUUGGGGGAUGGCUAUAAAAAAAUCAACAAAAGGCUAAUUUACCACUUUCCACCUUACUGUGCUUUAAGAAGUUUAAGACUUUUGACUUAGGGACCAACUCACCAGAAAGAGAAGACAAGUGUAUUCUGUUACGAGAUAAGAAGUGAUUCAGGAGGCAAACAUAAAUCCAACAGCAACAGUUGGAGAUUUUCAACAAGGAUACCAUUCAAUGUCACCUGAAUGAAUGUGGUCUUCAAGGCCUGACUGGAUGUAAGAAGACAUUAUGUUAAAAUGUUAAAGCGGUAUGAAUAAGUGUGAUCUGGUGUUUUUCUGCACUUUAUGACAAAUACUCCUUUGAUCUGUACAGUACGUUUAAGCAUGUUUAAAAUGUAACAGCAAGAAUUUAAGCAAGACAAAUUACCAAUCUGUAAAGGUUACUGUUGUAUGAUUGGUUUUGGUUUUGAGUCACCGAUGGUAUGAAUAAAUCUGCAGUGCAUUGUAUGUGUAUAAAUAUACAGUAUAUGUGCAAAACCUAUUGACUUUGCAUGUUGUCAUGGUUACACAUUCACAGUACAUAAUUCAGAAUGCACUAGUGGGUACUCUGGAGAAAAGGCUGGUGUUGUUUAAAAAAAUACGUAUAUAUACAAUAUAUAAGUAUACAAUAUAUACAUAUACAUGACAUCUGUCCCGUUGGGACUCAGAAAUGUGAUGGCAGUGUUGAAGCGUUAGUGUCAUUCUAACUCCAAGGCCGACAAGUACAAUGUCAGCUCUUGUUACUAAGCAAGGAUAACAUAAUUUCCUUUACCCCAAGUUUAUCUGCUUUUACCUGGCUAUUUUAGGGCUCAGUAACUCAUUAUUCUGUAUCUUGGCAUUACCUGCGUUCAGUGACAUGGGACACAAUUUAGUUCAAACAUCUUGUACUUAAAAGAAAAUAAGAAUUACAAUAAGCUAAAGUGGGUUCAUGUCUAGAAAUGUUUUUUUGUAAUGCAAAUUUUGGUAUAAAUGAAUGACAUGGGGUAGCUUAAUAAAUAUUCAGUUUAGUUUUAGGAAACUUAGUAUUAAAUUUUAAUUUGUCAUUUUGUUUACAUAGUCUUAGAGCUACACCAGUUUUUCUGCUUACCGGUGUGCUUAACAAAGUACCUUUACAUUUCAUGGCUUAUCGCUUCAGGUGAGGAAUUGUAAUUUUGUAUAUACAAACAGAAAUUAUGUGACAGGGAUGUACAGUAUAGCACAGCAUUUUAACACAGCAAGGCAAACUGUAAACAAAGGAAUAUUCCACUUUUGUUUCACUGAUUAGGUACAGGUGAAUAUGGUCCUCUGUUUUUGACACUUCAUGACUUUCCUGAGCAGUGCCUUAGAACACUGGGCUUUUGAAGGCUCCAACAAAACGUUUGUUGUACUUUUAGAUUUCUCUGUUUCACUUUAAAAAGUGAGUAGAUCAUGUGUGUCUGUUGACAUUUUUUACAUGACAUAAAUAAUAAUAUAUUGCUAGAUAUAAAUAUUGUGAUGUUGUAAUUUAAUAUCAAUCUGAUUUAAAAGAAUGGUCUAUUUUCCAGUAAGAUUUUUGCUCACCAGUAUGCUUUGCCUGAUCCAUUUGGAGCCCUGGAAAAUAAAUCCAAAUGAUCAAACAUUUUAGUAAUUGGUCUAAACUUUUGGAAUACUGCCAGCAUAUUGCAGUCUAUAAAGAUGUAUUGAUUAUUAGCUAAGUUAUAGAAGAUGACUGAUAUGGUAAUAAAGGUGGUAAAUGUGGUAAUAAUGUUUUUGUCACCUACACAUUUUUUUGUAUCUGAAGAUGCAUUGAAUAGCUCUGAUUGUUUAGUUACCUUUGGCUACUGUGUAUUACUUACUAUAUUUCACAAAGCACCUUAAGAACUAUCUUAAGGUGCUUUAGGAGAGAGAGGUGUUGGUAUACCCAGUAGAAAAGGCAGGAAGCCAAAAAAUGACAUUGAUUCCAACAAUCAGUUUCUACUGUUUGUUCGUUAUAUUGCAAAAAGGACAGUUCUGUCUAAAUUAGGCAGCCUAAUACAACAUAGGCCUUGUUUAACACACACUGGAAAUGGAUGAAUUUGUUUUCACAAAUCCCUUGAAAAUAGGUAGUGUUUCUAAGAACCUCAGGAUCAAGCCUUUUAUCAUCACUGUUUACUAGAAUAGACAAGCAGGCUUGAAGAUUUUGCCAGUGUAGCAGAUCCUGAAUUUUACUUAGCAAUAUUAAUCAUGACUCUCCAAAGUAAUGUAUGUUAAAAUACCAUAUAUCAUGAAACUAAAAAUGAUACAGUUCACACAUUUUGUAACUAGGCUAUCGUCUUUGGUUGUACUAUUAGUAACAUUAAACAUAUUAAAAUUACACAAAUAAUUAUAUAAAAUAAAUCUCAUUUUCAGUGAAUUGUGUGGUAUAUUCCAUAAAAACAUAUUUUGUUCAUUAAUUUCCAUGCUGACAGUUUUGAAAAGGAUAAAAAUGUAUACUCCUUAUUCAUGAAAAAGCAUUUUAGGGGCCUUAUAAUAUAUACUGUUUUCAAAAUGUUUUCCUGAGUAUGGUGUCAGUGAUGAGUGUUGGGUACUAAAUUGUUUCCAGUUAAGAAGGAGAAAUGCUUUAAAUGAAAUCCUGAUGAGAGUGCACUGGAUAUUAGUGACAAACAGCUCUUUUCAUAGACUUCUUCUGUGAUGGAUGGCAUUUUUGUGGCUGUGAGCAUUGGUGUAUUUGAAGUGUUUUGUUUUUUGUAUAGCUGCUUAACUCUUUCUACCUGAGCACCUGAAUACUUGGGAGUCUCACUCAUAUAAUAAUAUUUUAAACACUGGUGUGUGUGUUCAUGUCCUUUAAAAAGGUUUUUGCAAAUAAAUUGUUUUUGCAGCACUUCUAUGUCUGGAAUGUGUGUUUUAUAGAAAUGUGAAGAUAACUGUAGAGGAUGUCAGCAGUAGUGUGAUCCGCAGUAUUUCCUUGUUUUAACAUGUUUGAACACAUACUGUAGGUAUUUAAAAUGUUGGAUCAAGGGACAUUGUUAGAUAUUGUAAUGGUCCAGAAUUCAUUUUCUUUAGUGGUUUUCUAUUCAAUGCUAGUUUUUAAUACAAAGGUAUAAAAUAAUUGAGCCACUGAGGCAGUAAGUGCAAUUACAACUGUUAGAACUUUUCUUAUUACUUGAAUAACAAUAUCUUCAGUUUUUAUAUUUGAAAAUCAUAUUCCCUAUUUCCUAAAGCCAGCAUGUUACUUCAGUACUACCACAAAACUGUACUGGCAUGACAAAACAUUCUUGAACAGAUGUCACAUGCUAAUAGAAUGAGGACACCUACUGUAUAAGCACUGUAAUACAGAUCAUCAGUAUAGAAAGGCUUAUUUUUGUAGCCUUUUUCUAUAUGUGGCGCUUUAUUACAGAAAUAAUAGUAAUUAUUAUCAUCAUCACUGGUUAUUUAUCUAAGGCAAUUCUACAAAUGAUGAUAUUGUUUUGUAACAACGGGCAACUUAUUCACAUAUUUUCCUUGUGGUAAUGUUUUUCCACCAGUAGAGGGCUUUUAG